CUCAUCCCCGGAUGUAUGACGUCAUUGAAAAAGCUGUCGCCAUCAUUGAUCCUGAGUGCCCUUUAAAGCCUUAAUUUUAAUCAACCUCGGGCUCGGGAACAUGUCUCAGCCAGGAGUAGCAGGAGGCCAGGCGGGGGCUGAUCAGGAGGGGGCGCCCAGGCCUCCGAACCCCCAGCAUCAGGCCGCGUCCAAGCGGAUACAGCAGACACAGGCGCAAGUGGACGAGGUUGUGGAUAUCAUGCGCACAAAUGUGGAGAAAGUGCUGGAGAGAGAUCAGAAGCUGUCGGAACUGGAUGAUCGCGCAGAUGCCUUGCAACAAGGUGCUUCACAGUUUGAGCAGCAAGCUGGAAAGCUGAAGAGGAAGUUCUGGUGGAAAAACUGCAAGAUGUGGGCCAUCUUAAUCGGGGUCAUUGCAAUCAUAAUCAUUAUCAUUAUUGUUUGGGCUUCGACGGGCUAAAAAGGGGAAAGCAGGCGCAAGAGAAAAAUGAAGCCAACUCGAGGAAGAAGGAAGAGGCACAUCGCACAAAAAAUGACAGAUUGACAAAAUGUUUCGCCCCAUUAUUUUGUGCCGCUCUCCACCUCACGAGACUGCAACUCUUGGCAAGUGGGGCCAUCGUCCCGAUCCCUUAGCAUCGCAGAAUCGUCGCAUUGCUCGGGGACGAAACUAUUCUCCCCUGGCACGACGAACUGUGGCAUCCAUCGCUGUGUAUUGCAUCGUUUGCUAUUGUUCUUUUUCUUGUACUUCUGUUGCGAUGUCGGAUGUUUUUUUUCCCCAGCUGGUAUAGAUUUUAGAUGCUAGCUGUAUAGCACUCUUUACUGCUACUUUAGGUUGAAAGCUGGUGAAAGAUGCAAUGCUCAUGUGUACUUAAAGGAGCUCGGCCAUCCUUGUGCAAAUAUUUUUGGGGGUAACGUCUUGGAAAAACCGACUGGAGUACCCCUACUGAAGUUUGGCUCCUGAACAAAUUAUUGUCGUUGCCUUCUACAUCUGUGAAUGUGCAGUAGUUGGUACUGUUUGUUCAAUAUGGAGUGGCCACAAAUUCAAAAAACGACGCCUGCUAUAUUGGGCUGUAUAAAGCAGUCAGUCGAGCAUUCUAUUUAGUCAAUAACCUUUCACAAGCCAUUGUUGUUUAUAGUAAGACAUUUGAUGGGCAUUCAGAAUAAAUGUUCUGCGAUUGGCACCUGGACUUUGCUAAGGCUCGUAGUUCUACCGUUUUUGCUAGCAGAUUUGAAGCGGCAGGCGAUGCGUUUCACCCUUUGCAUUGCCUCAAGAAGCAUGAAAGCUUUUUUUGAUUGAGAAAUUCGUCAACAUGGUGGCUGAAUGUUUCUGUAUGCAUACAGAUCAGAAGUGUGCCGCCAGUAACAGGAGUCGCCAGACUGCUCAACCAAAGCACGACGCUGCGGAUGACUGGUAUCGAUUUGAAAGAUUCUACGAAUGCCCGCUUCUCUUUUUUAGGGCAAAGAACUGAGUCCAGGUGCCCCUCGCAGUUUAUUGAAGCCACGUUAGCUAAAGCAACAUGGCUAAUAUGUUACUGCAACGUACAGAGCGUGGCCUUUUGUUUUAUCGCUGGUGUGGCAAGAACAUAUCUACAGACACGGGCCUUCACGAGGCCCAGACCGUGUGACCUCUUGAGAACUUGUGUGGUCGCUCGCGUUUACUUAGCUUUGCCUCGCAAGGGGGAUGUCUGUUGUUAAGCGAAGAGGGGCACUUGCUGGGGCUUGCGUCCUAGUUGCUAGUUCCUUGUGUUGUCCCUUCUCUUUUUCUUCGAUGUUCUUGUUUCUGUUGCAGUUUAUGCAUCCACCUCAACCUCGUCGACAAAGACCAAGUGAACAUCUUUCCUCUCGCCUUGGGUAUCGAGGCUUCAGUGCACUUUUUUUUUUCAUGCCCAACUUCGCCUUUUGUGGGAGAAAUGUGCAGCUGAUGUUUCUUAACUUGUCAGUUUGCUCUCAGCAGUUUAAGGGAAUCGUGGAGGGCUCCUUGUGUGACUUACUGGCUUUCAGCAUGUUUUUUUUUUUUUCACCCGCUUGCACUGCUUGGCUUGUAAUUAAAAAGGGAUGGCUGCAGUGCUGCUCUUUGUUAAUGCUAUCUAUAUAGGUACCAUUGUUGUAAAUGCGCGAUAUUCAAAUUGAGCUCUCGUACUACUGCUGUUUUUUUCGGGGCUUACUGUGAAUUUGGUGUGUAUUAUUGUUCAUGCAGGGAACCGAAAUUGAGUCUUUCUCUCUUUCUCUGCUUAUGAAGAAUUGUGUGUACAUGUAGGUGUGUGCGUGUGUGAAAGAGCCACUGGAUGAUUUAGCAUGUUUAUUCUUCAGCAAGUUGUAUUUAUUCAGAAGACUGCCAGCGCUGUAACAUUGUGACUUCUCUCCUUCCUCUGUGUUGCAUGUACAUAAAUAAUGUAGUUACCAGUGUCGCUAGGACAAAAGCAACAGCGUUCACACCAUUUCAGUGAAACAUGGGACUUCGACAGUAAUGGUGGACUGCUCGAUCGCAUGGGUCGUAUGGGCAAGGGGUUCUGCAAUGCAGCGUACCAUUGAACCUGAUUGCAAAAAACUAAGUUGUGAGGUAGUGUUACGUAUGCUUGCCUGGGUUCAAUGUAGUUGUGCCCUUUGGUGCAUGCAACUCAUUGCUUGGUUUGAACGCAGCUUCAGUGAAAUGGCGUUUUCUCUUCCCACCUGCAAAAGAACUGACGAGGCUUAACACGUGCACGUCAAGUUAUUCGCAGUUGAGUGCAGCAGUAUACAACCUGAUGCCCCGUUUUAGUGAAGUCGGCGAUUCCAAAUCUGCUGGAUGCAUUGUGCCUUUUGAUGCUUUGCGAAAUACGUUGCUUGGGUAGGUAUUGCGGGCAAUGCGGAUGAGAGCGAAGAAUUGGUAACGUUAUUGUCUAGCUCUAAAUCGAAAUCCUAGGUGGUGACUAUCCUGUCAUGUGUUGGGUGGCUGUACUGGUGCACUCAGUUGCGCGCACGUGUCUUUUAACUGGCAUUCCAUGCUUUGGCAAUUGACACAUUGCAAAAAAAAAAUCUGUAAGUUGGCUUUCCCGCAAGAGUAUUUUCCAACCGAAAACUCUCGUUCAAAUAAUGCUCUUCACACUCAAAGUGUGUUUAUUCCUCAACAUUCAAGGGUAGGUCCCAGAGCACCUCUACGGCCUUUCAAUAGAUGUCGCUACUCGUACUGAGAUUCGUAGCGCGCAGAGAGAACAAAUGAAAGGCAAGUGGGUGUUGAAUAGGAAAAGUAAUUAUGCUAAUCUGUGAAUGAGGCUGCUCAGUUGGAAAAUAUUUGCUCACGCAUGUGCAUGUUUUUGCGAAGUGUCGAUUCCGUUUUUUUUUUAAUUUAUUUCGCUUGUUUCAGUGGGUGUGGAAGAGUGUAAACGGGCGAGUACUAUUGUAGGAGCUCUUGUUUUAAGAAAUGAGCCCGAAG